UGGGGUGAGGCACUUGUCUAACCACAUGUGACACAAACGUCUACCCAAUUGACUCUCUCCCCGCUAGUCCAAAAACCUAGGCCAACUCUUCUUUCUUCUUCGACUCCUCUCUCUCUCUCUCUCUCUGAAUUUUUCUUCCUUCGCAGCCUUCACAGCAGCCAUGGCUGCGGCAAAUCUCUCCCCCGUUUCAUCCUCUCUCGAGAAAUCCCACUUCUUUCCUCUAAACCCAUCUCAGAAAUCCGUCUCUUUCUCCGCCAAAACCCUCGCAAAACCCUGCUUUCCUCACAGAGCGCCUUCUCCUCACCCUUCCACUCGCACCCACAGAGCCGCUUUCCAGCCUUGCUCCAAAAAUCCCUUGUCCGACGUUAUCUCCGCCAACAAAGCGAACCUAGAUGACUGUUUCAUCGAAAGCGCGAACGACGACAAGCCUCGAGAAGAAUGCGGCGUCGUCGGCAUCUUUGGCGACCCCGAAGCCUCCCGCCUCUGCUACCUCGCCCUCCACGCGCUCCAGCACCGCGGCCAAGAGGGUGCCGGCAUCGUCUCCGUGGACCACAACGUCCUUCACUCCGUCACCGGCGUUGGGCUUGUCUCCGACGUUUUCAAUGAAACCAAACUCGACCAGCUUCCCGGCGAUUCCGCAAUUGGGCAUGUGCGGUACUCGACCGCUGGCGCUUCCAUGCUGAAAAACGUGCAGCCCUUCGUCGCCGGCUACCGUUUCGGAUCCGUUGGCGUUGCACACAACGGAAAUUUGGUGAAUUACAGCUCCCUCCGGGCUAUGCUGGAAGAUAAUGGAUCAAUUUUCAAUACUAGCUCCGAUACUGAGGUUGUUCUCCACCUUAUUGCAAUAUCAAAGGCGCGGCCUUUUUUCCUUAGGAUAGUUGAUGCGUGCGAGAAGCUUGAAGGGGCUUACUCGAUGGUGUUUCUAACGGAGGAUAAGCUCGUGGCGGUUCGAGACCCUUUCGGGUUUCGGCCAUUGGUGAUGGGGAGGAGGAGUAACGGUGCUGUUGUAUUUGCCUCGGAGACUUGUGCCCUUGACUUGAUUGAAGCUACAUAUGAGAGGGAGGUGUAUCCUGGAGAGGUUUUGGUGGUGGACAAAGAGGGGGUUCAAUCGCUCUGUUUGAUGCCUCACCCAGAACCUAAAUCAUGUAUCUUUGAGCACAUAUACUUUGCUCUGCCCAAUUCGGUGGUUUUCGGGCGGUCGGUAUACGAAUCGCGGCGUGCAUUUGGGGAAAUACUGGCUACUGAGGCUCCUGUGGAUUGUGAUGUAGUGAUAGCGGUGCCUGAUUCUGGAGUGGUGGCUGCACUUGGUUAUGCUGCCAAAGCUGGUGUGCCAUUUCAACAGGGUUUGAUAAGGUCACACUAUGUUGGGAGGACUUUCAUUGAGCCAUCACAGAAGAUUAGGGACUUUGGAGUGAAGCUCAAGCUCUCCCCGGUUCGGGCCGUAUUGGAGGGAAAGAGGGUUGUGGUUGUGGAUGACUCAAUUGUCAGAGGAACCACAUCCUCGAAGAUUGUCAGGCUGUUAAAGGAAGCAGGGGCUAAGGAAGUUCACAUGAGGAUUGCCAGCCCACCGAUCAUCGGGUCUUGUUAUUAUGGGGUCGACACACCUAGCUCGGAGGAGUUGAUUUCGAAUAGGAUGAGUGUGGAGGAGAUCAGGGAGUUCAUUGGAUCGGAUUCACUUGCUUUCCUUCCAUUUGAUAGCUUGAAGAAGUUGUUGGGUAGUGAUUCUCCUAACUUCUGUUAUGCUUGCUUCUCCGGGAACUACCCAGUUCCACCGAGGGAGAUUAAAGUGAAAAGGCAUGGUGAUUUUGUGGAUGAUGGGUUGAAUGGUAGCAUAGAAUCCAUUGAUGGGGGUUGGGUUCAAGCUCCUAGAACUCCUGAGGUGGGCAAAGUUGGCCGCUCCAGGUAGCUGCUUUUAAUGCGAGAACUUGCUUGCAAUGCCUCAGUUUACCGAAUGGCGAAUGCCCAGAAAGACAGCUGGAUUCAACAUUAGAUUAUGUCAUGGGGUAAGUGAUCAAUGUCUCCAGUGAUAGGGAUACAGUAAUUAUGCACCUAUUCGAGCGAAUUCAAUUUUCACAUUACCAAACAAUGUGUUGAUUAUCUCUUGUUUUGUGUAAUUUUUUGAGUUCAUCAGGGCUUUAUUUUGUUUUUGGACAGUAGGCAAUUGGUUAUGAAACAACUUAUUCUUCUUUC